CCGUCGGAGGAGUCGGAGGGUGCCGUGGGCAACUUCUACUUCUACUGGUCCUUCGGCUACCUGCUGCUCAAGACGUGCGCCGUCUCGCUGUGCGCCGCCGACGUCUUCGAGUCGUCGCGGGGCCCGCGGCAGCUGCUGUACGACGUCCCGCCAGAGAGCUACGGCGUCGAGGUACAACGAUUUCUCACGCAAGUGGUAACAGAUGACAUCGUACUUACAGGACUCAAUUUCUUUGCAGUGACGCGCACGCUCUUGCUUACGGUAGCCGGAACUAUCGUCACCUACGAAAUCGUGCUGGUACAGUUCAACAACCUGAACGAGAGCUCCGAUCGCAACUCUUCGUCGACUUCUCCCGAUCUCUGCAACGCCUCCAUCAUCGGCCCCUGACCCUGCGCAGGGAAACGUCGAGCAUUUCCCUUGAAACAGG